GUUCACAGAGGUCAAUCUAAUAAAUGUCACGUGCUGCAGCAAAGGUUUCUUUAAUUAGCUCUAAAAGGACUGCCUCUCUGUACGGCUAUUAUUAAGCAGUGGACGUGUAUACAACAAGCUCAGUGCGAUCAUGGCUGCCACCCUCAAGCCCUACCUGAACGCUGUACGUUGCUCACUCACGGCUGCUAUGUGUGUAGAGAACUUUGAGAGUCAAGUGGUGGAGCGUCACAACAAACCAGAAGUUGAAGUCAGGAGUAGCAAAGAGCUGCUCCUGACUCCGCUGAUUGUCAGUAGGAACGAAAAGGAGAAAGUUCAGAUUGAGGCCUCGAUUAACUCCAUUCGAGUCUCCAUAGCAAUCAAACAGGCUGAUGAGAUUGAGAAGAUUUUGUGUAAGAAAUUCAUGCGCUUCAUGAUGAUGAGAGCAGAACACUUCUUCAUCCUCCGACGCAAGCCAGUCGAUGGCUAUGACAUCAGUUUCCUUAUUACAAACUUCCACACGGAACAAAUGUUCAAGCACAAGUUGGUCGACUUCGUAGUUCAGUUUAUGGAGGACAUUGACAAGGAGAUCAGUGAGAUGAAGAUCACACUCAACGCAAGAGCUCGUGUCGUGGCAGAGGAGUUCCUCAAAAAUUUUUAAGCUCGAGUUUCAAUGGACACAAGUAGAUGGUUCCCUAGCAGAAUUAUUGUUAGUUUUGAUUUGCGUGUAUUUAUAGAUGUGAAUUUGUACCACAUACAUGUACAAUAAUUAAAUUUUAUUAUAAUUA